UUUUAGUUUUACACCGUGUCAGUAUAGCAGCAAUAUGGACAACUCUAAGAUGUUCCUUUAUUGGGGAUCGGGCUCGGGCCCGUGCUGGAAACCCAUGAUCAGCCUCGCAGAGAAGGGCCUCUGGGAAGGGUGCCCAAACAAGAUGGUCUCAUUCUCAAAGAAGGAACACAAAACAGAUGAGAUAAUUACGUUAAAUCCGCGAGGACAGGUACCGACGUUCCGUGACGGUGACGUGGUGGUCAACGAAUCCAAUGCUAUAUUGAUGUAUCUGGAGGAAAACUAUAGCACUGACAGUAAUCGCCUGCUGCCAACUUCCGGUCCUGAGCGCGCACAAGUCUACCAGCGGAUGUUUGAGGCACAGAACGUGCAGACCAACAUCAUCAAGGAGCUCGUGUACUACCACUGGCAGACUAAACCGGAAGACCGGGAUGAUAAAAUCAUCAAGGAGCGCAUGGAGAAAGCCAAGGUCGAACUGGGAUAUUGGGAGAAGGCACUGAACGGACAUGCUUACAUGGUUGGGAACAAUUUCACACUGGCAGACGUUGCGGUCUAUCCGUUUCUCGCCUUCCUUAUGCGCAUGGGCGCUAGUUUCCGCGAGUUUCCUGCCCUCCUGAAGUAUUACGAGGCCAUCACGAAGCGUCCGUCGGUACAGGCGACCUGGCCACCACACUGGAAGGAGGGAACAACGGAUCCGAUCCUAGGUGAACUGUGAACAGGAAGCCCUGCUCGUAUGAAGACAUGUGACAGGACCAUAUGACGUGCCUGAUACAUAAGCUAGGAGUUUCUUAUUAUCACACCAGUAGUAUGACGUUGUUAAUGUGAGCUAAGCUAUACCAGAAUAUGUUCAGGACUAUUCAACGACAACUAUUAUACAUCAACCGUUUAACAAAUACAUGUAUAAAGUUCUAACCAAUAUGAUAAA